AUGUUUGACAUCAGUUCUAAUAAACGUCUUAAUCAAACUGUAUUAUCCUCGUAUUUCUCCAAAAAACAAAAACAAGGUGAUCCUUGUAUUGAUAACGUUUCGACAGAGAAAAAGAAUGAUGUUCCAUUAACAACAAGUGACAUCAUUAAGGACAGUGGAAAUGAUGGUCUAAUACGACUUAUUCAUAAUAUUAAUCCAGAAAAGAUACCUCAUAUCGAAAAUGAUGUUGGUUUACAUAUUGGAAAAAGAAUUGAUGACGAAACACGUUAUCGUCUAUUAUCAAAACAUUUUACACCAUCAUCAAACUUUGUUUGGCCCUAUCCUGAGAGACAAUCAAAAAACAGAACGGAAAAGCGAUAUUUACGUGCUGAACAUUUGACAAAGUACAAGUGGAUGAAAUACUCUCCCUCAAAACGUGGUCUUUUUUGUGUACCUUGUGCACUAUUAGCCGCUUCCUCUUCUGGAUCUUUAGGAAUGUUUGUAACGACACCAUGUGAUAGUUAUACGAGGCAAGUUUCUCUCCAUUUCUUAGCUGUUUCAUUUGUUUAUGCACUUGUUUACUAUAGAUUAUUUGAUGUGACCGGCUAUGUUGGCGUUCACGAAAGCAAUCGUUAUCAUCAAAAAAGUCUUGCUGAUGCGGAAAAUUUUCUGCAAACGUAUGAAAACCCCUUAAUUAGUAUUCAGAUAUAA